UACCGUGCCUCUAUCGUGGUCGACCAAAGCGAGUCGGUCAGUGGACGGGCUCCCAAAUUGCAGACAAGACACGGCUGAUUUUGUGGCUCAUGCGUACAAAAGAUGUGGAUUAGGCCCAUCUCGAUCCCAGCUUCGCUAUGUUGUCCACUAUCGUUGCAUCCCUUUUCGCAGCAUCUGCUGUUCUGGCGAGCCCGACCACAGCGCCAGCUCAAAAUGCUCGUACGUGGGCGACUCCUGGCAUCUCCUCCUUUGAAAAGGUUGCCAUCACGAUCGAGCCAAAUUACCAACGUGACUCUUGUGUCUCGGCAUCCACCCUGGUUGACGGCCGAGUUUUGUGGAUCUGCAGGGAUACGAUUCCCCUGAAGAACGGAACUCUGGGCACAGUAGCAGGCUUCUAUGCGUCGAGUGCCAGUUGGUCAGACCAGCUUCUGCUUGUCGCUCCGAAAUUGGAUAGCAUACCCCCGGAGCAAGGUCAAAAGUUUGUGACCACAGGCUACCAGUACCAGUUGACGCAGUAUGGAGGCGAUCCCAUCACUACUCCUUACCUUCCCUUUGGGUCUGAUCUAUGCGCUCCAGGAGGAGGAUGUGCGAAUGGCACCCGGAUUAUCGAGUGGCCGGAUGCGGCCGCUUUCGUUACCCAUGUCGCUUUAGAUGGCACCACGAUUGCAUACCUAUACACUACAUUGGCUGUCCAGGGGUUCGGCGAUACCGACAACGAGCCUGCUACCACAUUGUACAAGAUCACAUACACACCCAAUCUGGAUCGGAAUGUCUUGCCCACAGUCGAAAUCGUCAAUGAACGAUUCUUCCCUCGAGUCACUUACAAUUAUGGGUCAUUCGGAGGUGUGAUCGGCCAAGACGAUGGACUCCUUUAUCUCUGGGGCCAGACUUACAACUUUGGAAACGGGAAUACGUCCAUUGGCCUGGCUCGAGUAGACCUGGCUCACAUUGAAGACAUGAGCGCCUAUCAGUACUAUUAUCCCGCAAACAACACCUGGUCGUCAAAUAUCCCGUCCAUCUAUGAUCCUGACGCUAAGGUGGACAUUGGCGGAUUUGGCCCAACUCAAGGCACAUUCUACUAUUCUGAGCUCUACCAAAAAUAUCUCUUUGUCGGUCAGAGUGAACUCUUUGCCAUGGAGGUGUCCCUGACCUCCGCCUCGCAACCCGAGGGUCCCUGGACCCCUUACACCGCACCUGUCCAUCUACCAGAUGGAGACUACAUCUCUUACAGUUUCGCCGCCCAUCCCGAGAUGUCGGUAAACCCCGCCGAGCUCUAUGUCUCGUACACGCAGACAUUCACCGACAAUGGUACAGGAGUCUUUGAACAGCCUCUGUACAAGCUCAAUCUUCAGCUAUGAGAUGUGAACAGCAGCACUUAGCUAGCCUUUAAGGGGAGAAGAAUGC